GAAAUUGUACAAAGUUCAUUAUAAAUUAGAAAUUAGAAUUUAAAAAUGCUCUUUUAAAAGAAGAUAAUUCAGUUUACACUGUACAAGUUUCUAACAUUUUAGUUCGUUUUGUAAAAUGUUAUUAAAAAGGAGUUAAUUGAUUUAUAGUUGCAAUAUAAUCAUUUCCUUUAAAAUGUUUAGUCGACUAUUCAAUCAGAAAUUAAUGCUAGAGACGUUUGGCAGACUGUCUCCUAGCGUGAUACUACCAAUCUUAGGAAGCCGUAAUGAAAAUGAUUAUGAUGAAUUGAAUAUUCCUAAUUCUCCACUUCCAAAGACAGGAUGGGAAAGAGUCAAAGCUAUGUAUUAUAGGAAUGAGCAAGAUGAAAAUUCUGUUGAAUUGCACAAUGUAGUACAAGCUUCUCUGACUGGCAUGUUCAUUGGUGCAGUCCUAGGAGGCUUCGUCAAAUCGAGGGAAGCUUAUUUGUACUUCAUUGAAAACAAUCAAGCUACAAUUUAUACCUCAACAGUACAAGCUAGGAAAAAAUUGCAAGACUAUGUAACAGUGGCUUUUGCAAAGGGUGCUUAUCAUUGGGGAUGGAGGUUAGGAGCUUUCACAGGAAUGUUUAGUUUAUUCACUACAACAAUGUCAGUUUACCGAGAUGAAAGCACACUAUCCGAUUAUAUUAUAGCAGGAUCAUUGACUGGGGCGAUAUACAAAGCAACAUUAGGCCCUGCUGCUAUGUUAGUCGGAGCAACUGUAGGUGGAGUGCUGAGUGCCGUUGGUGGAAUACUUAUAAUAAGCAUUAUAAAAAUGACUGGUGUGACUAUGAAAGAUGUUAGAAACACUAUGUAUAAGAUAAGACAAAUGAGGCAAGAACAAUUAAAUCAAGCCAUCGAUAAGUCAUCGACGGAAAAGCACGAUAAUCUAACAAGGCACCACGACCAGAUUGUCGAAGAGAAAGGCGUACAGAAUAUUGAACAGUUGACUUAGCAGAAUCUGUUGAUAUCGUUCACAGACUAAAUGAAAAAGGUAGAAGCGAUUACCACCACUUCCUACCACUUGUAAGCCACUUAUAAGCGUGAUAUUAUACUGGACUGCAUUUGCUCUGCAAGCCAAUUGCCAAUAGCAGUCAAAAGGCAGUUUAUAUUCAAUUUGAUAUAACUGCCAAUUAGAUGUUUACUGCUGCAAUUCCGAAACAUUUAUGUCAUCUCAAUACGUUUUUGUGUUUUUUUUAUGUACCAGAAAUAUAGCCACAAACACUUAUAUGCAUGCGUUACCAGGUUAGAUCCCCGGCAAUUUGGGAAUUUUUAUUUUUUUAUUGUUCUCUGGUCAGGUCUUUUAGAAAAUCUCAUGAGGAAACAAUCAUGUGGGUACGGCAGUAAACAGCAACUCUAUAACCGGUUUUACAUCGACCUAUUUUAAUUUCUUUUAGUCUGGGAUUGUUAUCGUGAAAUUUGUAAAAAAAUUGUUAUUUUAGUUUUUAUUUAUUCUUACUAGCGUUAAGAAAGUGCGAUCUAGGUUUAGUUAUAAUAAAUCCAAUGAAUUAUA